CCAAAGUUGAUGAGGGACUUUUCUUUUCCUUGUCUUUCAUGAUAUCUUGAGGGAUAUUACACUUUAUCACUUACUCUUCCCUCGUCAAUUUAAUUACGAAAAACCCAAUAUCUUACACUUAACUAGCCAUGAUUGAUCCAAAAGCCAUUGAUACGGUGCUGGACAUCUUUGUCCCUGCAAUCCAAGCUCAUCGGAAGAACUCUUCAAGGCCAUUCGUUCUAGGCCUUUCUGGCCUUCAGGGCAGUGGCAAAUCGACAUGGGCUGCAGCUCUUUCACAAACCCUCACGAAUCAACACCAUCUCAAGACUCGCAUGAUAUCACUGGAUGAUCUCUAUCAUGACCACCCAGAACUUGUGGCCCUUCGAGAAGCGAACCCAGAUAAUGGUCUUCUCCAAACCCGUGGCCAACCUGGAACUCACGACGAAGUUCUGGCGAAGAACUUCUUCGACCAAGUACUUGGACGUGUUGAGAGUGAUAAGAAGGUUGUCAAAUGGCCAGCUUUUGACAAGAGCCUUCAUAGUGGUCAGGGCGGAAGGGUUCCCGUUGAGAAAUGGGAAGAAGUUCAACUGGAUAAAGGCCUUGAUGUUUUGAUCUUUGAGGGCUGGGCACUUGGCUUCAAACCCUUGACUGCCGAGGAAGUCAAGAGGAAGUGGGAGAAAGCUAAAGCCUCAGAGGCACAGAAGUCUGAAGAAUGGGCCCUUACGAACACGCUGGCGAGUCAUAAUCUAAGCCAUCUUCUGCUCAUCAAUGAGAACUUGAGAAGAUAUUGCGAGACAUUCGCUGGACCACAGCACUUUGAUGGGUUUCUACAUCUGAGUACAGAUAAACUCGUGCAGGUCUACGAAUGGAGGCUAGGUCAGGAGAGGGCGUUGAGACAGCACAAGCCGGGCAUGACGGAUGAGCAAGUUAUCAGGUUUGUGAAGGGAUACAUGCCGGCUUAUGAGCUAUUCCUUGAGCGUCUCCAGAGCGAGAACUUUUUCAAGGGUGAGGGAUCAAGUGAGAAGAAGCAUAUAAAAGUGGUAUUAGAUAAGGACAGGAAGGUAACUCAAGUGAAGGAGGUAUAAUGUAUUAUUAUUAGUGAUACUAUCGUAAAUAAUUCCAAGUUGGAUCAACAGAAGCGUCAAACUCCGCAUUGACAAGAAAGGGAUUGUCGAUAGCGCUGAAUGAACUUGCAAAGAGCUGAUCAUACC